AUGGAAUUUGAUUUGAUCCUGUGGUUGAACACGCUCAUGAAAGCUGAGUUUUCGGUACAAAAGCACACUUCUACAACGACAGUAACAACUAUACUGGACACCGAGGUCAGCACGUCGGGCCGUUACCACGCACGGCUCGACUCUGUACAACACGCACGUCAGCACCACAGCAAGAAGUCUCGGGUCAAAUCUCGCCUCCGCCGUGACUUGCAAAGUAUCAACGAUACGGUGCUUGAUGACCGAGGCGACUCAACGGAAGAUAUUGUGUCGAAAGGCGAAAUGGAGCUCGGCAAUAUGGCCCACGGAGUAUACCAGGAAACGACUAUUGAGAUCACGCACGAAGCUGCAGAGCCAGAGGAAGCUUUACGGAAGCCAAAUCGAUUCAGCAGAGUCGAAAAAUGA